AUGCAAAGCAGUGAGCGUCAGGAUCACAGGACGGCGACGUUCUUAGAGUCGCUUUCAUCGCCUCCGUUGCCUUCCUCGUCCUCGGCUUCGUCGUCGUUGUUCUCUUCUCCCUCUUCCUCGCCAUUCUCGUCGGCGUCCUCUUCUUCGCCUCCAGCUGGCGUGCAGGUCCCAACAGUGGAAGAUCGAGAAGCGUUUGGCGUUAUUAGGAGGUGCCGAGACGCGUCAACCGGUGGUGAUGCCUUUCGAGCGAUCGAGACGGAGAAAGUCCGACGCAUAUCUGAUGAUGACGAUAGAGAAUUUCUCCAGAUGAACCUUGCUUACCCAAUGGAGGGAAAAUUGAGGCGAAUCGUUGGGUUUGGGCAUCCAGAUUUAAUUCGACUGAUGAAAUAUCCUGGUAUUACUCUAUUCGUCGACACCACCGUCAGUGUGACUCCAAAGCCUUUCACUCAAACCAUCAUUGUGAUGAUUCACGAUCGAGCUCACAACCUCUACGUACCGUGUUUCUGUUAUCUGGUUGAUACCAAGGAUCACUGGACAUACUGGAACGUGUCCCAAUGGAUAAAAAUUCAAACGGACAUGGCUUGCGUACCGAGCAUGGGGUUGGGUGACUUUGAACAAGCGCUCCACCUUGAAAUUCGUGACCAGUUCGAAAGUGCAUGCAUUGUCGGGUACCUGUUCUACUGGAAGCAGGCUAUACGGCGCAAAAUGAUUUCAUUGGGGAUCGCUCGAGUGGAGGUCGCGGCUGCCAUGGAGUCUGGAGUACUUGACCUAUUCACUGUUUUACCAGUCAAUGUGCUACAAAAAACGGGCAUCCCGUUCGUCAUUAAAACGCUGUACCGUCUCAUCGUGCCUACGGAAGCAGAUCGCAAAGAAAAAUGGCAAGCGUUCUGGGACUACUUUGUGAAGACUUGGUAG